GUGUUUUUGCAUGUUGAAAUUAUACAUUGACAGAUGUAUAAUUAAACUUAUUAACUUUUGCUGUUCAUCUUGCCCUUAUUUAAUGAAAUGCCCUAUUUACGACAUAAAGGCAGUACAAGAAGCACGUUAAAGAUAGAAGUUGAUUAAAAACUGAUCUAACCCGAACCGAAAACGUCAAACGGAACUGAUGCUAAAAAAUGUCGAGAACGUCAUAUCCAUCUGUCCUAAGAGUCCGGACCCGCAGUUACGGAAGAAAGAUUCUUACGCCGACGGCUAACAGACUGGGUGAGAUACAAGAAGACUCGACAUCGAAUAUCAGCCUCAAUGUGGACACGUCUGUGUGCUCGACACCAGUACAGAGGGGACUGCUGCGACUACGGGAGAAGCUGGAAGAUCAGUAUUCCCAGGUGGAGGUGGAAGACAACACAAGUCCCACACUCGCCACGCUCAGAAUGACACCAGGUCGUAAACUGAAAGACAAGCAGCAGAUCCUAAUUGACAAGCACAGCCGUCUGAAGCGGAACUUGAACAACCUGAAUGUGGGCGGCGGUGUGUCACUCUGGCCCGCCAUGGAUAGGAUGAGAAUCAAUCGAAGGGAGAUAAUUCAGCUGGCGUUAUCUGCAGCAGCCCUGUUUAUUGGGGUCGUUGUUUUGUUCUUCAAGAUGCAUGGUUCUACUCUGACAUCGCUUUGCCAGUUCACACAUCGCCUGACAACAUUCUGGACACAGAAUCCUGUUCACAUAUCGGGAAGUUACGAGAUGUUCACAAAGUCCUUACUGACCUGGCACUCAUCCUACAGAACUUUACUGUCUGAAAUCCACCAUACGUUUGACGUGACUCGCUCCUCUCGUCUCUACCAUUCCUUCCUCAUAUGUUACCUCACUGGUCUGAGUGUCCUCGUCUACUUCCUGGCAGACAACAUAUUCUCCAAGAGCAGGCUAUCUCCUCAUAGGAUCAAGGCAUGGGUGUGUUUGUUAACAGUGAUUGGGACGUGGACUCUUCUGAUGACCUACUUCCUGGUUCUAGCUCACAGACUGGAGUACGCCGUAGAAGACAAUGUCCAUCACCUGUUUGAAAUACUGGCCGAUCUAGUGGGCUCGGACUAUAACCUCCAUCAGUUCGACAUGAUUCUCAAGUACUGGCGGAUUCGCUGUCUGCCCCCGACCACAAGUGGAAUCUUGACCAUCCUAGGACUCCUGCCAGUGAGGAGUGUCACGUACUACUUACAGUACUACAGUCUUCCUGUGAUUACCAUCCUCAUCACGCCCAUUUUCAAACUCGUGUCUGCUCUCUAUCAGGUGUAUGGGAUACCAUCAGUUUGAUGGCAAGGACAAGUUUUGUUUUUUAUUUUCCAUGGCAGUUUCUGUGAUUUAAAAAACCCAAAACGUUUGAGUAUACGUGAAGUUAAUUUCCAGAAUGCAGUACAUCCAUUAGUGAUGUUCCAUUAAUCGGUUAUAAUCGAAAAUAGAUCGGUUUGACUCUACCGGUUUGAUCAUUGAUUAUAAUAAUCCAUUAUUGAUGGUGUGAGAAAUUAAUUUGUUAUUUAAAGGUAAAAUUGGCCAUUUGUAAGGUGCACAUGACAACAGCUGCAUGGUCGUUAAAAUUCAAAUCCUCCUUAUGUUUGUAUAAUUCUAACCGAUUAUGUAAUCAAAAGUUGAUUGGUUGGUGUCAACUGAUUAUAAUCAAUGAUCGAUUUUAAAGUUCCAACCGAUUCCAAUUGUUAAUAUCCAUUUGCGUUCUUAUGAGAAAAUCAUAAUCUUUCUGCAACUUAACAUGGUGUAUAUUGGACAAAGAACAGUUUUAAGAUCCUGGCUAGGGAUUUUUGAAGCUAUCUUAGUGCUAAGUGAAAGUAAGGUUCCCAAAUGCAUUUGCACACCUUUGAUGUGAAGGACUGUUAAGUGCACUGUAGAAAAUAUUAUUUUCACUGUAGUGACAUCAUUUAUUAAAAUGAUGUGAUAUUUCAGUUACACAGUUAACACCAAUUGUUCAGUGAUCUUCUGGUAUGGUGUGGGGUUUGUUUUAUUGGGGUUUUUUUAUAUUUCGAGAAAUUAAGGUAAAAUAACGAAAGUUAUAUAAUAAAUGGGCCAACGGAUAAUAUAUAAAAUGUUUUCUAUAUACAAUGUACAUUCCUAUAUGUAUUUAUGUAAUACUAUGUAUUUAUCUGUCUGUCUCUCUGUGUCUCUCUGUCUC